AGCCCUGUUUGUGCAUCCCACAGCACCUGUACAGCUUGUGAUGAUGCCCCUGCAGCAGGACAGAUUGAGUGGAGGUGUCAGACUGUCUUUUCCAGGAGAGGGGGGAGACAGAGGAGUCGGAAGAAUGCAAAGAAAGCCACCCCUAGCUAUGCGAGUAUUGUGCACCUCUCCCUCGUCUGGGAAUUUCUACGUCUUUAAAGUCACAGAAGGGAGUUUUCUGGGUGAAACACAACCUCAGCUUUGGUCAGCCCCAGGAACUCCAAGGGCCUAGCCACAGUAGCUGAGAAUUAGAAAAGUCCCUGAGGUCUUUCCCAAGGGGACAAGAGGUUGGUGGAAGUGCUUGUUCAUGAAAUGGCAGGGGACUUUUUUGCCUUUAAAGUCCUUAAGUUUGUAAAUCUCUGAGUUUUGUGUGGAGGCUACUAGAGGUCACAGUUAUACAACAUUGGGGCCAGGUACACUUAUAAAUAGGGCUUAAAUUCCUCAACUCACUUGUUUCAGGGGGAGGAGGAAUUAACAUCUUUCAGUCACAGGAGCUUUUCUGGUACAUGUUUAUGUAGCCAGCCCACAGCACUCUCACCCAAGGCAAGUGGGAGGCUUUUUCAGCUGAGGGAUGUAGCAUGGACCAGGGAAACCUUCUACCCUGAUGCAGGAAGCUGUAGCUUGCUUUGUGAGGGGAGGAUACAGGCGGCCUUGGGUGUAGGAAGUUCUUGCCUGGUUUCUCAUUCUGUUGAGUACUGUGAAUAUUGCAGGUUUGCCUCUGUGACAGAGAGGACUGUGAAGGGAAGAAUUCCUUCAUGAACUUUUAAAGCUGGUUAGAUCGCUUCCUACCGCUACAGCUGAAGAAUAUCACCUAUACUUCAUUGCAUAGUCCUGGUAAAAUCCCAACCAGACAGUUGGUAGGAAAGUUCCUUUCCAGCCUUGCUUUCUCACUGUAUUUUGCCAAGCUGGUGAACCCUGGUAAUUUCCUCUGAUCUGUGAGGAAUGCCUUGGCACACUUCCAGGGCUGCAUGGGAAGGUGGGUGAGGCUGGCAGCCCUAAACCCUGCCUCUCCUCCACUCAUCUAGUGUAGCUGGAGGGGAAAGCUCUGAACUGUUUGCUUCCAGAGGUAGGUUGCUCAUUGCCACAGGCUUGAAACAUGAGCUUCUAAGUAGGAGUCAGUUCUGUUCAGUGACCUUUUCCUUUUCCACCCAAAAGCUGUGCUAAAGUUUAACUUUAAAAGGUGAGGUGUGAGGUGCUUCUUGUAUUUGGAGUAAGAAUGUAAUCAAAACCAGAUGGUUACAUCAGUGUUCUCUCUAAUCCUGGGAAUCCAAAGUUGUAAGUCCACAUGUUCCAGAGCAACCACCUUUAACAGAAGCAAAUAUAGAUGUCUGGCCUGUGCUUUUCAGCUCCAGAGGACUCUUCCUACUCUGUGUGCUGCCAGUAUCACUGUUCUUGCUGCAGUGGGGUCUAGGUGGCCAUGUUACAGGUGAUGAGGAUCAGGCUGGAGGGUGGGUAUUACAGGCAUGUGGAGUGCCGAUGUACCAGUAGCCCACCACCUGCCUCUUUCUCUCUCCACAGAUUUUACAUUCCCCUCCUGCUGGCUUCUCUCCCUACCAUGGCUACAGGUGAAGAGAUCGCCCCUGCCCUGCAGGACUCCUGGGGGGACUUCUGGCUCUUCCGUUUCUUUGUUAAUGCUGCUGGCUAUGCAAGUAUUGUGGUACCAGGCUUCCUUCUCAUCCAGUACUUCAAGAGAAGGAACUACUUGGAGACAGGCAGAGGCAUUUGCUUCCCUGUCAUCAAAUCAUGUGUGUUUGGCUCUGAGGUGAAGUCUGUACAUCAGGACGAUGGCUCCCUGCCACCCCGAGCAGAGCCCACAGAGUCCUCCACAGCCCGACAGGUCUUCAAGCUGCUCUUCUGUGCUGCUGGUCUACAGGCUUCCUACCUCACAUGGGGUGUCCUCCAGGAGCGUGUGAUGACAAGAACAUACGGUGCCACUGAAGCAGACCCUGGAGAGAAGUUCAAGGACUCCCAGUUCCUCGUGUUCAUGAACCGCAUCCUGGCCUUCACUGUGGCUGGUCUGUACUGUGCCCUGACCAAGCAGCCACGCCAUGGGGCUCCUAUGUACAAAUACUCCUUUGCCUCCCUCUCCAACAUCCUCAGCAGCUGGUGUCAGUAUGAGGCACUCAAAUACAUCAGUUUCCCCACCCAAGUGCUGGCCAAGGCCUCCAAAGUGAUCCCAGUGAUGAUGAUGGGCAAACUGGUGUCGCGCAAAAGUUAUGAGUACUGGGAGUACCUGACUGCUGCCCUUAUCUCCGUGGGGGUCAGCAUGUUCCUGCUCUCCAGCGCUCCUAACAGGACGGUGUCCACUGUCACCACCUUCUCUGGCAUAGUGCUCCUGGCUGGCUACAUAAUCUUUGACAGCUUCACCUCCAACUGGCAGGAUGCUCUCUUCACCUACAAGAUGUCUCCCGUGCAGAUGAUGUUUGGUGUCAAUGUCUUCUCCUGCCUUUUCACAGUGGGCUCGCUCGUGGAGCAGGGUGCCUUGCUAGAGUCGCUGCGCUUCAUGGCCCGCCACUCGGAGUUCACCGCCCAUGCCGUGCUGCUCUCCGUGUGCUCUGCCUGUGGCCAGCUCUUCAUCUUCUACACCAUCAACCAGUUUGGGGCAGCUGUCUUCACCAUCAUCAUGACACUCCGACAGGCCUUUGCCAUUCUCCUCUCCUGCCUCAUCUAUGGCCACACUGUCACUGUUGUGGGUGGGCUGGGCAUUGCCGUUGUCUUCAUGGCCCUCUUUCUCCGUGUCUAUGCCCGCAGCCGCAUGAAGAAGCACAGUAAGAAGCUCCCACUGGGCGAGACCCCUGUUCAAAAGGUCUAAGGAAGCUGAGGCCAUGGCAUUUAAGCCAUGCCCACUGUCCUGCCUCCACUUGAGGGUAUUUGCUGGAUUUCUCAGAACCAACUGAGAAGAGUGGGAUAUGGAUAGACAGGACCAGUGACUCAGUUUUCCAUCUACUUUUCUUGGGAAAGGGGCUGGAACAAGCCCCGGAAAUGCUCUGGGCUGACGCAGCUCCAAACCUUUCUAUUUGCCUUAAUGGGUCAAAGACUUACAGCCAAGGCACAGGCCUGGGGAAACACCAGCAUGGGGCUGCUGGUAUUCCUGCCCCACCUCUGGUUUGUGGCUUCUCUCCAAGGUCACUGAAGAAAAAGGGAACACUUCCUUGGCACUCUCUUGCCUCUGGCUAAUGCUCCUCCAUUUCUGUUAGUACUACAGAGCAUGCCAAGAGGAAAGGGCAAGCAAAACACUAGGUUUUUUUUUGAAACACCUCUGAGUGAGACAAGUUCCAAGCUGAGGCCGUUGAAGGGUAGGGACUGCUUUUUCUCCAUUUCAGGAGGGGCUCUGGGUCAGGCAGAGGUGAUUACAGGCACAGCCAGGAGAAGGAUACCCAGCCUGUCCUACCCCAGGCCUGGGAUCUCUGGGAGGGCACUGCAGUGAAAGCCAGUACCUCCCAGUUUGGUUUUACAGAUUCUUUACACCUGCUCCAGGACACUUUCUUUGCCCCCCUCAGCCCAGGCUGAUUUUUAUGCAGUACUUGAGCUGGGCAGUUCCCAAGGCUUGCUGAGUCCUUCAAGGUUAAUUUUGGUUACAUCUGCUGCUGUUACAGGCCAAAGCCUGCGCUGCCCAGAAGCCCCAGCACCACCUCGGGGUCCCUCAGUGCCAUGGGUUCUGGGCUUUGCAGUUGCCAUUCAGACAAGCACAAACAACUCCUCUUUUUCCUGCCACCUAGAGGCACUGGCCCUGGUUUUCCCAGGGGCUGGCCAGAGUCUGUGCCUGGAGGGUUGGGACAUGGGGCAGAGCCCGCUUGCGGUGCCUUGUUCCUGCUCCACAGACAGCAGGGGAUGGAGCAGUGAAAGCUGUUCUUCCCCAGAAGCCUGGCUUUUAUUGGUCAAUCCUUUUCUCGUCAACACAACCUGACUGACAAACAAGCAGGUUUUGGUACUUUUGCAAGGCAUUUUUUUUCUCUUUUUAUUUUAUUAAAUUAAAAAUAUGCUGCAUAUAGUGCAAUGGGUAGAAAUGUGGGUUUGGUUUUAUGUUUUUGUGUUAUUGUUUGGUUUUUGUUUGUUUGUGUUUGUUUUUGUUUUGUUUUGCUUUGUUGGUUGGGUGUUUUUUUCCAUGUACCUGGAAGGUGGGAAGAGAUUUCCAACUCUUCCUGUGUCCCUGGUCUCUCUGGGACAUCAAAGUUAUCUUUCCAAAUACAGGUGCCUCUCUCUGUC